CUGCCGUUGUACGCGAUUUGAAACAAAGGAAAUGUUUAUUGUCUGGUGGUUGUCACCUCUGCCAUAUCACAGCACGAGAGAGGAAGUGGGUUAUCCGACUAAAUUUUGCCGUCUUCACUGUAUGUAGUGGACGUGCGCGUGCACGUGCGAUGCCCAGCACUUCCCCGGAUAUACUUCUGGACAGAUAACGUAUAGUGAAGCCAGCGGAACAGGAAACAACACACACGGAUCAUGCACGGAUGAAGUGGGUCCAUGGUCUUACUUUUUUGUCCUGUAUCAUUUACACAUCACAACCACGCUGCUGAUAUCGUCAUUGCACAGGGAAAUAUAAAAUUGGCAAGGCACUCUAUCUAGUCAGUUUUUCCAUCGAAAUUGGGAAGGCAACAUAAGAUAGUAGCUAGAACCACUAGAACCGAAAGGACGUACGGGCGAUCGCGUUGGAUGUUGCCACACGACGUGCACAGCUGUUCACUGCCACUGCAUAAGAAGUAGACCGCGCUAUACAGCAGCUGAUGACAGAUGCACAAUUAGCUUCGCUGCGUGAUGUGAGAGGCAACCGCCUUGUGUGGCCGACUCGACAGUAAUUUCUCGUGGUCAGCAAUAGGCCUAUACAUUGUAAUUUUUUAUUCGCAAAGCUGCUGGUGGAAACGUACAUUUUGGAUACGGGAAUCGUGUCUAUGGAUGAGGUGUUAUCUUAAAGGUCGAGGCUAUACGCGUAGUGACGGAGGACUAAAAACGGUAACCUAGGCGAUACCGCAUUGUCGAGCCUCCAUAUCGGCAGUAAACGACGGUCUCUCGCACGACACGACAGCGCAGUUAGCGUCCCCCGGGAGAGAAAGGAAAAUCCGGCUAAACUGUCAGCAGACAUGGACGGGGGGUACAGAUACAGACAUUUAAUAUGGGCCACCAUGAUGCUAAGUUUGCUAUCAACGAUGUGCAAUGCGCAAGCAGUUACAGAGCCACCGCCAAUCGAUCCCCAAGACUUACAGGACAACAUCUGCUCAGCGGCAAGGACAUGCGGGGAGUGUAUUGCUCUGGAUCCAAUGUGUGGCUGGUGCGGGGAUCAGGGUUAUGCAGAGGAGACGAACUUUCGAAGAUGUGAUUUACAAGCCAACUUGAUGAACAAAACUUGUCAAGAUAUUACAUUCCCUGAAAGCAGUGUAACAGUUGUUCAGAAUGAUCCUUUAAGCGACGCCGGUGAAGGGCCAUCUACGGAAGCCGUGCAAGUGGCGCCCCAGAAGAUCACGUUGAAAUUACGGCCAAAGGAAACAGCCGAUUUGACAGUAUCGGUACGGCAAGCGAGAGACUACCCAGUGGAUCUGUACUACGUCAUGGAUCUGAGCCGAUCCAUGCAGGACGACUUGGACAACUUGAAAGAACUGGCUACAACAUUAGCGUACGAGAUUGGGAACAUCACAAGGAACUUUCGUCUAGGCUUCGGUUCAUUCGUCGAGAAAACGGUGGCGCCCUACGUCGACACUGCAAUUGGAAGUCUUAUGGAACCAUGUCCAGGUUGUGAAGCUCCCUAUAACUUCAGAAAUCAUCUACCCUUAGACAUCAACACUGACUUAUUCUCGCAAAGAGUCAACGAAACAUCAGUCUCCGGUAACUUGGAUCUUCCCGAGGCUGGCCUUGACGCCCUCAUGCAGGUCACAGUAUGCAAAGAUCAGAUUGGUUGGCUGCCGAGAGCGAGGCACAUCGUCGUCUACACUAGCGAUGGAUCAUUCCAUUUUGCAGGUGAUGGAAAGCUUGGCGGCGUUGUACAACCAAAUGAUGGAAAGUGUCAUCUCAACCCAGACACGGGCUACAACACAAAGGCUAAUGAAUAUGAUUACCCAUCUAUCGGGCACCUGAACGUCCGAAUGAGAGAGCAGAACGUCAUCCCAAUCUUCGCCGUGACGGCCAAACAAAUGAGCUUAUAUCAGACUCUCGCUCGGUUUAUCGAAGGCUCGACUGUGGGCACGCUGGCUCAAGAUUCUUCAAAUGUUGUCCAAUUGAUCAAGGACAACUAUGAGAAAAUCACAUCGCGGGUGGAGAUCGUGGACAAUUCCCCGGAGAAUCUUGCCGUGAGUUACACGUCACGGUGCCUGGACGAGGCACCGAGACCAAACUCCAAGGUCUGUACGGGGCUACGCCUCGGUGAGACGGUCAGCUUUGAUGUCAGCGUGGAGGCUACAAGUUGCCCGGACAAUAACAUACAAAAGUUCUCCAUUGGGCCGAUUGGAUUCGACGAAUCUAUAUUGAUCACGGUCGAAGUUGCCUGCGAGUGCGAGUGUGAGGCAUCAGCGGUUCCUAACAGUGAGUACUGUACAAAUGGUAACGGCACCUUAUCGUGUGGUCAGUGUGCGUGCGAUCCUGGACGGUAUGGUAAGCAGUGUGAGUGUAGCAGCACUGACGAUGCAGGCACGUCAUUCAGGGAUAAGUACGAAAACGUCGCAUCGUGUAGAGCGAACACCAAUUCGACAUCUUCGAUUGUGUGCUCGGGCCGAGGUGAAUGUAUAUGCGGGGAGUGUGCCUGUUUCGAACGCCAGAAUCGCAAGGAGAUCAUUUCGGGACGGUAUUGUGAAUGCGACAAUUUCUCGUGCGAACGAUACGAUUCAGAAUUGUGCGGAGGGCCAGAUAGAGGCGAGUGUGUGUGUGACGAGAAGAAGCGGCGUAGUGCGUGCAAGUGCAGACCCGGCUACGUUGGUAACGCUUGCGGCUGCGCCACGUCCACAGCUGCAUGCAUUGCUUCCAAUGGGCUUAUAUGUAAUGGGAGAGGACGGUGCAACUGCAACAAGUGUACCUGUGAGUCGCCAUUCCAAGGCGAAACGUGUGAAGUCUGUAAGACUUGUAUCGGCAAAUGUUCGUCCUACCGACCCUGUGUGGAGUGUCAGGUCUACGGUGUAGAUAUCUCACCCGCGGAUUGUAACAAGUGCAACGUGGCUGUGGUGAUCGAGAGAGACUUACCAACGAUAAACGGAUCCAGUCUGUGCGUGUUCCCUGUACCCGAAGGCCACAGCAACUGCUCCCAGACGUACAGCUUCGUGUACGAGACACUCAGCAAUGGCACCAUACUAGUUCACUUGGUAGAACCAGGAGAGUGUGGAGGUGAUUCUGGGAGUGGAGGAAACGACGGCGAUGGCCCUGUUGUUGAGAAAGAUGCUUCAGGCAGCGAGAUAUUUAUCUUUGUCAUCAGCACAGUAGUUGCCAUCGUACUGAUAGGCCUUGUACUCCUGGCACUCCUGAGAGCGGCUACUUUCUUGCACGAUAAGAGGGAGUUUGCGCGCUUCCAGAAAGAGCAGAAGUCGGCAGUCUGGGAUCAGGCGCAAAACCCUAUCUACAAGCCGUCGACGUCUACUUAUGUCAACCCAUUAUAUGGGAAAUAGCGUGAAGCACGGACACCACCAACCGAGGGUACCAGUUAGUGUUAACAUAAAGGGUUAGACACGCGUGUUCUACUAUGUAAAGUUGCUUAGUGAUGCAGUUUACCACCGAGUACCUGACUAUUUAAUUAAGCUCUAUGCAGUUCUGAACUAAAUUAUGUCAAGAAAGCUAGAGAAAAUAGACAAUGCUUUUGUAUAUUAAACCAAAACCGUGAGAGUUAUAAACCAACAAGAUUGAUUUUACCCUUCAAUGGGAUACGUGACAAAAGCGAUCAAUGAGCGAGACAUUUUUUUUUUAAAUUCUUCCACUCAUAUUUUCUACCCAUAUUAAUCCAUGUAAAUUAUUUGUCCAAGCAAAUUAUUGUUCUUGCCAUGUUAGGUAUUUUAUUUUAAACUUGCUGAUGUAGUACUUUGAAAUGACUAAUGCGUUACCGAAACAUGGCAUCUAGGCCUACUUCUUGUAAAAAUGCUGAUACUUCUUUAAUCUUUCAUUUUUAUCGACGGAACCAUUUUAAGCUUAGCGCCCUCUUUUGACUUCGGACACGUUGUGCACAUAAUUCAAAACAUAAAUCUGCAGCAGCAUUGUUGAGAUGACCAAUGGGCCGACCCAGGCCAUUCAGCUGAAUUAAUUAUUUGCGUGGUUAUUCCUUGAUCAACAGAGGGCGCUCUAAUGUAUAUAGCUUUGAUGAUACUUUGAAAAGUGUACAGAUUUGACCAAAGCGCUUAGUGCCAAUAUUUUGAGUAUUUUGAAGAUAGAUUGUAGAUAAUUAGCACAAAAGAACAUUGAUUAAGAGGAGAGCAUAUGUGAACUGAAGGAGAAACAACAACAAAACCGUGCACCUUAUUGAACUCACGUAAUUUAGUGGCUAUACGGAGUCACGAUUGUGCGUUAAACAACACAGGGCAACCUUCGAAAGCUUUAACAAGUUUGGAGAAUAGUUUUUAGAGAGCAACGACGCAAGUGUUUAAUACAUACAUGUACAUUUUAGUGACAUAAAGCUUCGAAAUAAAUGUAAAUAAUAAAUUUAUACAACAAAUGCCAACUUGUUUAAAUUUAGAUGGUUGGGGUGUAGGGUUAUGAUCACUGUAUAAUGCCAGUGCCUAGUUGUAAUUGUUUGCGUGAUUUGGUGUUGUGAUCUAUAUCUGUUUGUUUGUUUGCUUGUUUGCUUCUUUGUUCGUGUGUCUGCCUGUUCGUCAGUAUGACUGUCAGUUUUGUUUAGAGGGUUGACAAGGUGAAUUGCAAUGUCGCAGCGUCCGAAGGUUUUACAAAACGCAGACGGUUGUUAAUAGGCACGUGGUCACAUGCCCUCACUUCAUUGGUUCAUGUAAAGAGGGCGUGCUGCGUUGUGGGCGGAAUUUGUGUGUGAAACAAAAGAAGAGAGCAUAUAUCCCGUGGUUCGAAGACUAAUUGUUGCUUUGUUAAAUUUUGGAUUAACGUAAUGUUGACUUUAUUUAAAUAUGUCUAUGACGGAGAGGCUUGGUAUUUCAGCUGUAAUCUAAGCAAUUUGGCAAAUUAAAAUACUACCAUUUUAGAGCAUUAUACACACUUCCAGUGUUUUAUGUGGAUUUUAAAUGACUGAUUUCUCACAACUGAUUAAUAUAACACAGAGUUAGAACACGAUUUAUGAUUAUACCUAAUUCCGUUUCGGGGCUUUGUUUCAAGACUUGAAUUGUAGUAAAUAGCUUUAAUCAGUUCUUACUAAAGUCAAAAUGUCAUAUUUUAUAGAUUUUGUACUGUUUAGAUUGCUAAUUAAAAGAUGUUUAUACAA